AUGGCUGCAGAAUUUCCCCCGCCAGGGUUCCUGCAAUGGGGCCGCAGUGGGGUGGACCCGUAUGAGGAACACGUGGGGCCUUUCUACCAGAACCCGGAUCAGCAGACCAUGACCAUGCUCGUCACCCCGAGGAUGUGCAACGCCCUUGGGAUUCUUCAUGGCGGCGCCCUGAUGUCCUUCUGCGACGCCGCGCUCUACGUCAUCGCCCGUGAGCACACCUACGAGACAACGGGCCGCGUCUUCGUGACCUUCAGCUUCAGCAUUGACUUCCUUAGCCGCUGCAGAGCUGGAGCGCAAGUUCUGGCAGGGGGCGAGGUGGUCAAGGUGUCCGCCGACAAGGAUCUGAUUCUGGUGCAUGGCUGGGCCAAGGCAGGAAGCGAUGGCGGCCGCCUCCUCGCCACUUUCCGGGGCAUGCUGCGCUUUGCGGGUCCGGCAUCCAUUCCGGGGCACCGGGGCAACAAGGACCAGCUGGCCAGACUCUAG